AUGCAUGCCAUGCUGUAUUCAAUCUUGUCCGCAGCCAUGCUGGCCGCUGGUGUCCUUGCGCAGCUCGUCCCUCCCUACUUCAACAACACAUCGGUCACCGAUGGCGACAAGGACGGUGCCCUGGCCCUCCACAACUUCUUCCGUGAGAGGUCCAAUAUUCCCCCUCUCCACUGGUCCGACAACCUCACCGAGAUCGCCCAAGUGGCUGCUGACUGGAUUUCGUCGGCCGACAUACCUGGAACCCCCAUAAACUUCACCACUCGCGCAACCCACGAGGCGUACUACAAUCUGGAGGUGGUCUACCUGUCCCCUGGUACCCCUCACCAGUUUGGAGCCUUCUACCAGGCGACUCUGGCUUUCUGGGCAGACAACACCCACUACCAUGGCGAGGUCAUACCCAGUGGUGACUUCCUCGGGUACUCUCCCUACACCCAGAUGAUGUGGUGUGGCACCACUUGCCUGGGAAUGGCCGGUGCAACGAACAGCGAGAACCGAACCUUUGUGGUUGCGGCAUACUCUCCCCCUGGCAACGUACACGGAAAGAAGCCCUACAACGGUAGUGUCUUCAAUGCCACCUGCGACAGUACCUGA